CAGCACCUCCGGGCCCGCGGGCAGACGUCGCGGGGCGUGGCCUGGAGACGCCCCGCCCCAGGGGCCGACGGCUUCUGGUCUUCUGGGAGCAAUACCUGGACAAAGAACAAUGACUUUCAGAAUGCUUCCCCAGCAAGGACGACUUCAGCUCGGGUGUCCCCGGCCCGGGUGUCCCCAGCCAGGGUGUCCCCAGCCCGGACAUCACCUUCCAGGUCAUCGUCUGGCAGGUCAUCAUCUGGCAGAUCGGCCUCCAUGACAGUCUCUCCAACCAGAGUGUAUCUUGUUAGAGCAACACCAGUGGAGGCAGUACCUGCCCGGGCGUCUCCUGCCAGGUCACCGCCAGCCACCAGGGUCACCGUGGAGAGCUCAGGUCUCGGCUUGCCCAAGUUCACCUGGCAGGAGGGCCUGAAGCGGCUGCCGCUCAUCGGGUGCAUCCUCCUCCUCAUCGCCCUUGUGGUGUCGCUCAUCCUGCUCUUCUACUUCUGGCGGGGCCCUAUAGGGAUCAAGUACAAGGAGCCAGUCGAGAGCUGCCCCAAGCAUGCAGUUCGCUGUGAUGGGGUGGUGGACUGCAAGCUCAAGAGUGAUGAGCUGGGUUGUGUGAGGUUUGACUGGGACAAGUCUCUGCUUAAAGUCUACUCUGGAACCUCCCAUAAGUGGCUUCCUGUCUGCAGUGACAGCUGGAACGACACCUACUCAGAGAAGACCUGCCAGCAGCUGGGCUUUGAGAGUGCCUACUGGACAGCCGAGGUGGCCCACAGGGACUUUGCUAGCAGUUUCUCAGUAUCCAAAUACAACUCCACCAUCCAGGAAAGUCUCCACAGGUCUGAAUGCCCGUCGCAGCGUUAUGUCUCUCUCCAGUGUUCCCACUGCGGACUGAGGGCCAUGACUGGGCGGAUCGUGGGUGGGGUGCUGGCCUCAGACAGAAAGUGGCCUUGGCAAGUCAGUCUCCACUACGGCACCACCCACAUUUGUGGGGGCACUCUGAUCGACGCCCAAUGGGUACUCACUGCUGCCCACUGCUUUUUUGUCACCCGGGAGAAGAUGCUGGAUGGCUGGAAAGUGUACGCAGGCACCAACAACCUGCAGCAGCUGCCCGAGGCAGCCUCCAUCUCCCAGAUCAUCAUCAACGGCAACUACACCGACGAGCAGGACGACUACGACAUCGCCCUCAUGCGGCUCUCCAAGCCCCUGACCCUGUCUGCUCACAUCCACCCUGCCUGCCUCCCCAUGCACGGACAGACCUUUAGUCUCAAUGAGACCUGCUGGAUCACAGGCUUUGGCAAGACCAAGGAGACAGAUGACAAGACAUCCCCUUUUCUCCGGGAGGUACAGGUCAACCUCAUCGACUUCAAAAAGUGCAAUGACUACUUGGUCUAUGACAGCUACCUUACUCCUAGGAUGAUGUGUGCUGGGGACCUUCAGGGAGGCAGAGACUCCUGCCAGGGAGACAGCGGGGGGCCUCUUGUCUGCGAGCAGAACAACCGUUGGUACCUGACAGGAGUCACCAGCUGGGGCACAGGCUGUGGCCAGAGAAACAAACCUGGUGUGUACACCAAAGUGACAGAAGUCCUUCCCUGGAUUUACAGCAAAAUGGAGAGUGAAGUACGCUUCCGGAAAUCCUAAGGAGCUGUCCUGCUCCGCCUCACAGCACUGGCUGCUGGGAAGACUCUGGCUGAAGUGACUGGCCAUUUACAACAUCACCUGGGAUAAAGGCCACCAGGCACCUCAUUACAGGCACCUCCACUGUCUGCCGCCUCUGUGAAUGUGUGUGUGUGUGAAUAUGUGUGUGGGUAUGUGUUGCUGCUCUCCCAACUUCUUCGGAAACCAGGGGACGUGUCAUCUCUUCCUGAAAUCUCAAUCCCAGGCUUGAAACCGUCUGGAGAUAUCAGUUUGGGCACUGUGAAGGCUCCAACAUGCGAUGACAGUCCACAGUGGCGUGAAAGAGGUGGAGCCCAGGGAAGGGCCUGGAAAAUGACAUCAGGAAUUCUUGUCCCUCUGACCCUGACCUGAAGACUACCUCAGGAUGGCCAGACAAACCUGCAGCUCAGGUGACAUCACUGCUGUCCUGCGGCCAAUUAGCAGGUUUUGUUGGAGUACCAGAUUCCUGAUGCCUGGACUGUCCUUAGCAGAAAGAUAUUUGCAUCGGUGUCACAAGUUGCAUGCUCAGACCUCGUGCUGGUGCCAUGGAUGCCAACAGCUGGGCUGUGGCUGUGGUCAUCCAGGCUGAUGAUUGUUAAUUGGGCUAACUGGACUUGUUUGGCCACAAGUUGUUAGAACAUAUUUUAUUUUAUUUUUAUAUUUAAAAAAUGGAAAUAGGUAUAUUUUUAAAGAUUCUCCCUAAAGUCCAGGAGACUUGAAAGCUAGCAUCAAUCACCCCAAGAACUCCAGGGAACUCACAGGAAUUGUACUGUGCUAAAGUCUUGUGGAAUGUUCUGGGCCCUGGGCUGGAAGGGACUGGAUGAAGGGACUGAACAAAGUUCUCAAGCUGGACAUCUUUCAAGCCAAUUCGGCUUCUGGAGCCCUUUGAGAUAUUCAGGGAAUAUCUGAAUAUUUGGGCUGGCAGGCAAGUCCCACACAAAGAGAGCCAUACACCGUAAACACUGUUGCUGCCUCCAUGGGCUGGAACCAGGGGGUGAAGAAAUGGAUGCUACUCCUGCUUGGGCCCAACGCACCCCGUGACAAUCCAGGAGGACAGGCGUCUCUCAUACUCAGGAGCUGUUCUGGCUCCUGGGACCUUGGAGUUUCUUCUCAGCUUUCUCCAUCUGUCAAUUUCUCCAGUGUUCCUGAAGCAUAGCACUGACAUGGAAGCUGCCGUGGAGAAGAAUCUAACACUGCCCCCAAGCCCUCCAAACAGCCCUUCCUCCUCCUACAAGCCCUCAGUGCUUGGGCUUCUCACCAGUUGAAGCCUGGGCCUUCCCAGCCUUGUCUCGGAGGCACUGGUUUGCCCCCAGUCUCCUCGCCUUCUUUAGGCCUGUCUGGGCUCCUUGUGGUGCUAUGAUUCCUGCAGGCAGAGCCCAAGGGAAUCCAUCCCAGCCCAUCCACCAGGUACCCUGGUUACAGGCAGCUGCUAGGGGGUGGGUGGUGGGGGGCAGUGGGAGGAACUGCCUCUGAAGAGCAGGUUGGAGUUGGCUAGAGUGGCUGGGCAGAGCCUGAUAGGGACGGUUACAUUGGUUACAGGUGGGGAGGUAACGUUCAUGUCCACAGUAGACCUCCAGCAAUGGUCUUCAACAAUAAAAUUUGCGUGACCUGAAGAAUUUGUCUUUGGAUGUUUUACUGGCACCCAUGUAGAAAAUUGAGAUUGCCCACCUAGGUGCCCAGACAGCCUCAAUUUUGAUUCUUAGUUUGGGUUCUGCUCACUUAAUCAUUUCUCUAUCUAUCUCUCUGUCCCUCUCUCUCAUCCAUCCAUCCA